GCUUACUAAAGUCUAGUAUAAACUGCCUUGUUUUGGCCUGAAGACAAAAGGGUUUUAGUGUAAACACUGUAACUAUAAAAAGUAUAUAUGUUCCCUGACCCACUACCUUCCAGACAGAUUGAAGACACUUCAUAGAUUGAAGAAAUGUCAGAGUUUUCAUCUUCAGUAAAACCAAAAUGAUAACAGUUUAUCAUUGAAUAUUACCUAUACUCCAGGGUGCAUUUUAAGUGGCCUACACCGAAGAUCUUCGGCGUGAGUUUGGCAAAUUACAAUACUAUCUAUAGUUAAUAUUGGCGUAUCUUCGGCGUAGACUUUGCAUGGAAUGCACCCUGGCCUAUACUAGUGGACUGCCUACAACUAGCAAGAAUAUAAUGUUCCAGGCAAAAUCUGAAAUCAGGAUUACUCAUAUUGAGUUUUUGGACACUCUCUGGUUCUGGCAUCCAGAAAAACUCAAUAUAGAUAAACCAGUCUCUAAUUUAAAUUACUGAAUUAAGGUAUAAAUAAUUAUGAUUCACUAAUCAUCAUUAAAUUAUGAAUUAAACUUGUGUUGAGCACAAUGGGCAGAUUGCUUUGAAGUUUUGCUGUAGCUGUCUAAAGCAAGUCACAUGCAUCAAAUGUCCGCAAAUAAAUUUCUGACAUUCACCCAGCGAGUGUAGAUCUUCGAGGCAUAUCGGGCAAUUUGAAUUGGAACACUGUUCAAUACAUUUAUGCGUUGAGCCAAAUUUGAAGCAAAUCCCACAUUGAUUGCAAUGUCUAUAGUUGUCUCUUCCACCAACACGGCAUAGACCACAUUCUGUACAAUGAAAUUGCCCUUUAUCGUUGUCAUCAAACAAGCGACAUAUCUCGCAAUAAUACAAGCCAAAAGUGAUGAGACAAGAGCUACAUUUGGGGGCAACAGCUUGUAUAUUUCCACAUUGUAAACAUUUGAUUCUCUGCACAGUUUUUCUGUCUAAUUCGUGGUCAUUCUCCACAGCGUCAUGGCACAGUCUACAGCGAUAUAUUUUACUACAACAUGGAGCAACCAAGGAACAUUUCCUCACGUAAUGAGGACAAAAAUGAUAUGAUAAAUCAAUCAAAUCGUUUGCCAUAUUUUUAAUUUUUCAAUAUUAAUUUGUCGCCCGCCAUGACUUUUGUUGUGUACCGGAGAUCCGGUACCCUUUAUAUUUCCCGUAUAUCAAAAGUGUCUGGUACGUGUCUGUUUUUUUUACUCCAAAUUUUCAACAAUAAAUUAACAUUUUUCACCUUUAGAAGCAAAAAGCUAUCUUCAUGCCCUUAAAGUAUUAAUUUAGCUUCUUACUACAUCAUUUUGAGUUCAAAAACUAGUCCACAACAUGCCCAACCUGUCCAUACACGUACACCCAUAUUAGGCAUAUUAAAAAUCCAAUUUCAUAAAAAAUAGCUGUCAAUUUUGAAUGUUUUAAAUUGCAUAUAAGAACUGAUUUCUACCCCUAGUGUUGCACUUUUUUGGGUGACUAUGCUAAAAACCUACUGUAUUCAGAUAAAAAAAUGUGCAAGAAUUUACUCAUUUGAAAUUUAAAUUUUUUUUGAAAUCGUAUAUGGGUACCGGAAGCCGGGGUCAGUUUCAAACUUGAUUUAUAUAUGAUAUAAACAAUAAAUAUACAUUUGAUAUUCUUUCAUGAAAUCAAGGAUAAUGGACGAAUCGAUCGAAGUUCAAGAGGGCUUCCUUUGUCCUCUAUGUAUGAAAGAUUUAGGGACACAAAAACUACUACAAGCGCAUUUUAGUGACGAACAUUCUAAUAUCGAAGACCCGACAAAGGGGCAAAAUAUCAAAGGCAUUUUUGAUAAAGCGAAACGUAAAAUAUUGGGAAAAGGCGAGGAAGGGUUAGAACAAGGCGGUUAUGGCAGAAACGAAGAAUUACAAAUGCAAACUGCUGGGAAAGAACUUGAUUUCUCGUAUUGGGAACCACAAGAAAUAGGUAGGAAAAUAUUGAUAUGUUGGUAGGUGAUAUGUUAUUGCGUGACCACACCACCUGCAGGGGAAACCCAAACGUACCGUCAUUUGCUUCUAUAAGAAUGAAUGUAAACAAAUAAAAACAUUGUCUAUGGUCACGUGAAACUUUCAUGUUUAUCACGAACAUUUGGCAGCUUUCAAUUUAACCAAUCAACUGUCAGCUUUCAAUCAGCUAGUCAUGUUUAAUUAACCUCACAUUGAUUGGUCGAGAUAAUUGAAACAUAUACCUUGCCAAUUACAAUUACUGAUAUGAGAAAAUAGGCAUCUACCUACGACUGUUCACCCAAUAGUAAAUUUUGCAUCCUCCAAUAUUUUAAGGCUUCACCCAAGACCACACAAAUGAAUUCCGUCGAUCGAGAACUCAGACAAUUGAUGAUGUGAUGAUUGAAACAAACACAAUUCUUAUAAGACUAGAGAAGGUAUAAUUAUGAAGCAAAGUUUUUAAAUGAAAAUUAUGUAAUCAUCGAUUAUUAUACUAGACAAAAGAUCCUUGCAGACUGUCGAGUAUUUUCUGUACGUUUUAUUAGAUUCUUAACGCACUGACUGAUGCAGACGAAUCCCGUUCACUCAGCAAUUCCAAAAAGAAAGGUGACUACCAUAAACUUCUUUCUGCAAAUUUCAUGUAAUAAAGCCAACUAGAGAAUGUUAUCAACUCAAUUUGAAAGAAUAACCACCAUUGGGUAAUUUUUAGCCAAGGAGCAGAGUAUGGUACCGUGGAUAUCAGAUGACGAUGCCAAGUUGUGUUUUGGUUGUAAGAAAUCCUUCACAAUUGCAAGACGAAAACAUCAUUGUAGACUAUGUGGUCAGGUGAUUUGUGGAAAAUGUUCAGAAUUUUUACCUCUUAGUUCUGCAGGUAAUUUCAGGUGAUCUGAUCAUGAGUAGUUCUCUUCAUCAGAUUUUUAGCCAGGGUGUCAAAACUGGCCGUCCAAAAAAUACCGUGGUUCAUGAACAUGGUAAAAAAAACAUGGAGCUUGAAAUCAGUGGUGAUAUACUCAUAAUUCAGCAUCUUUGCUUGUAGAAUAGAUAAAUAACAGCUGACAACUUUUUGGGUAUUCACGAAAUAUCAAAGCUUGCAAGUUGCUGUUUAAUAAAGAAAACAGUUCCAUGGCCGUCUAUUAAAAAGUGCCGUCUUAUUUUAAAAGUGGCUAUAGGACGGCCACCUGGUUAAAUGCCUGCUCUUCAUUCCAUCUUUUCAUCCUUCUUCCGCUUCUUCCAUACCCGAUCAUCUCUUUCUUCAUUCAUCCUGCCUGUCUUUCUCCUUCCUUCCUGUCUCCUUCCAUUUCUUUUCAAUUAUCAUACAACUACUACACUCACAUAUCAUUAUCAUGAUAUUUAGCAACAUUUUGUGAAAUGGACGGCGCUCAAGAUGUUAUUUUGAGCCUGGAUGAUGACGAAGCAAACCAGAAGAAUGCACUGCGUGUUUGUUAUCAAUGUCAUGACUUGCUUCUAAAGUAUGUAAUAUAUCAACCUAAACUAAUCUAACUUUAUUUAUACUGAAUAGCUGUGCUAAAUUAAAUUGUUCUUCCUAGAGAUCUAGUAAUGGUUCUUACUUAGGGGUGAGCAAAGACAAUGAGGUGCUGAUGUGGUUUGAAAAUUAAAUGCUUUAUUUGUAGAAAUUAUGAAAUAAAAAGACAAAAGAAGAAAAAGACUCCAUUGGUUCAGCUUUAUGAGGUAAGAGAUGGUGUAUUUAUACACAUACGUACUAUGCCAAGUUGUACAGUACUGAAUAUCAAAUUCUUUCGUAGAAACUAACAAUGUUAAUGGCCGAUGCAGAUCUUCUUCUACCAGAUUUUAACAAGAUGGCUGAAUCACUUAGGUAACAGUAUAUUAAACACAUUAUUCCCUUGGAGUAUCAUCUCAGAUUAGACAGAUAAAUUAGGAAAGUACAAAUUGGCAUGUUGGGGCACCUUGUGGCUUAAUUUUUUAUUUUCUUUAUCAGUUUUGGUGAUACUCGAUAUACAUAUCAAGAAGUCAUUGCUACAAGACUUAAAUUACUCAAGAUGUACGAGACAUUAGAAAUAGUCAGGUACGAUGCAAAUUACAAUGUCAAAGAGUCUCAUAUUUUUUUCCAUCAUGUUAAGGUUUGCCGUUGCUUUCAAUGCAUCCAUGAGGAAUAAUAUAUCUACAUAGCAAUAUUUUGUAGUAAUAACAUGUGUUGCUAUGCUAAGCAUUGUACGUAGUCCUAGCUCAAGACAAAAACGUUUGGUUGAUAUCUGAAGUGUCAGAAUUAAUACUUACAAUCUCCUGUAUCUUAUAGCAAAAAAGUCGUUGCCCUUGGGCAAACAACGACGACAGCUGAGGAUGGCACAACCAAGACGGUCAUGCCUGGAAAAUCAUCACAAAAACUCCAGCGAGGCAUUCAUGCUUACGUAACAAAUUACUUACAAAACAAUAUGUUUACUCUCAAAUCAAUCCCAUCUGAGGAAGAGUAUGCGUCACUUCAGAAAGAAAGAGCCAUGUUGCUAAAAAGACGUGCAGAACGCGAGAAAGCACAGCAGGAGAAGGCGAUGAAGGAACGAGCUUUGGUGCAUCAGGAGGUUUUACGAAAAGAACGACAUUCACUUCAAAACUCACCGGUUAUAAGACGUCGGGAAAUGAAUGUAGAACAAAGAAGGCGAUCAUUUGACCCUCAAAGUGAUGCAAUCUUACAACAAAUAGAUAAUGUCAAGGAUUUUCUUGACAAAGCGAGGGAAAAUGGACAGUUUGAUGAAGUUAGGUCUUUAGAAAGAAAUUUAAAUGAAUUACAAUUAGAAUAUAAUAAACGAAUUAAAAGAUAACUAGUUGUGUCAAGCUUCACCGUGUUGUGGCAAUAUAAUACUGUAAUAGAUAUAUGUAUAAAGUAUUCACAUGAAAAUUAUUAGUCUUGCAUUCGCUGGUUGUUCCAACAUCAGAUAUACUUUGAAUAAGCAUUCUAUAGAUGAGUUUCAGUUAGCACUUGUCAGCUGAAAACCUGUGAAGUUCACACCCACCAGCAGCCCUGCAAUUCACCUUGGAAGUCCUUACAUCACGUCACUGCCAAACAAUGAAUAUUUGACCAUGUAUUCCACAUUGCAUUAAAUAUACCUAUCGAUUGAAAAUUGUGUGACGUAAGAACUCCUAGGGUCAAUUCUUAUUGAAGCGAACCAAUAUCAUACACCUCGGUGUAUUACCCAGAAUCCUUUUCACCUUUAACCUGCCACCAUUUUGGUUUAUUAGCGUCGGGCAAAGCAGUCCUUGACGGGCACCCAACUUGACCUGGUUUUUCACAAAUACAAUAGCAAUGUCCAAACCUUCCAAAAUUACUUGGGUUUAAUCUUGCCGGAUAUUUUGACUGUUUUCCAACUAUUUCUUUCAUCUCACUGCAAAAAUACAGCAGCGUUAAGGUCUGACGGAACACACAUGCAAUUCUAUAGCUCAGAUUAGUUCACAGAGGCUGUGUACUCGGCUAACAUCCUACGUACCUUUCCGAGGCCCCAGCAAUGUGUUGGAACAUUGAAAAUAUCUCACUUGCUUUUGAAUCAUCAACAUCAAUAUUAAUUCUCUCACGUUUACCUUACAGAAAAAGUUUAUUUAAAUUAAUAGUUUCAACAUACA